AUGUGGAGCCAGAUCCCUGAGGAGCUCCUCCAGCCAAUCUGCGCUGCACUCCAAGGCUUGAAGGCCUGGUCCUGCUGGCAGGCAGAUCUGCAGGUCCCCGUGGACUUCCUGGCUUUGCGGGGUGCCUGCCGCCGAAUCGCGGAGGGCAGCGCCCGGGAGCUGAAGGAGUUGGACCUCACCCAAAAGGGGUCUGGUCUCGACCCCUACAAGCUGGGCCGCGUCCUGCGCCUUGUCACGGAUGAGAGAUUUCCCAGAAUUGGUCGCGUGUGUUUCAUGGUGGAAGAUGCAGAUGGCUUCCGGGUGCUCGAGGAGGCCCCUUCGGCCUCUCGAAGAUCGUCGCUUGACCUGCGCGUGACGCUGGCACCAACCACCCGGCUCCUCGCCUUCCUGGACUCUGAGCCUUUGAGUCCGUGCCGGAGCAUUCGUGGCUUGAGGGUGGUCUCCAGCAUGCUCUUCACCGAUGGCAUGCUGCGAAAAGUCUUAAGCCUCUGCCCCACUUUGCAGGAGCUGGACGUGCGCCGCUCCGAGGGCCUGCGCCGGCCCGAGCUGUCGGAUGCGGUACAAGGCAGCCUUCGGCGGCUCUUUGUUGACGGGUGCUGGCAGCUGGAAGACGACGUGGUGGAGGCCCUUGCGUCGCUGCACCUCUCCCGCCAGUGCGUUGUGGACUGGUUCCGCAGCGCCGAAGGCUUAGGCCUUGGCGUCGGCCAGCACCUGCAAGACGGUCCCAGCACAAGUACGGCAAAUACAGAUUCUGUCGUUGUCGUGUGGCAGAUGGGCCAAGAGGUCGAGGUGGUGAUUCUCUCCGAAGGCUACCGUGGCCAAUGGGUGACCGCGAACAUUGUCUCGGCCGUCGUGUUCGCAGGGCACUCCGCGCUGGAGCCUUGCUUCAACAUUCUGGUGCAGAAGACGGAGGCCUUCAGCCAGGCGGUGGGUUUUUCGGGCCGCGUGGCCUUCAGGAUCCGGCGUCGGCACCUUCGGGCAAAAGAGCGAAGUGAAGGACACCAAUAG